UCAAAUCACUCACUCAACUCUGCGACGGCUAAGCGAGGAAGGAACCUGCCAACCACCGCCACCGCCUCCAAGGCAUCCGGAGCCUGCCACGACCUCACCUUCUUCGCCACAAGAACCACCCUCGCCACGAAACACCUCACCUGUACGACUCACACCCACUCCAUCAUCUUGACUCUUCACCCAGCCUCGACGGCAAUCUCGCGACCCAAGUCAUACCACUCUCGACCCGUCCGAACAGUCAGAAUGAACCUCUCCAUGCUCAAGAACGAGUCCUCCGUCAGCCGCCCAGCCCAGUCCAAGUCUAUCGUCGCUGCUAUUGUCGAGGCCUCCAAGUGAACUACCACUUUGCGAUCCACGACUCACCCACGCCGUCACACAACGAAAGAGACAGACGAUACACACUACUUGGACCUGCUGGGCGAGCUUUGAUUGAAGCUGCCAUACCUCUACACCUCAUACCUUUUACCACCACUCGUGUCGACAUCACCCCUGGUCAUAUGUCUUCACGUGCAUAUUAAUACUCUUCGUCUUUCAACAUCGGAAGGCGUCCCGGAACAACAAAACUCGAACGGUUAUUAUCUACUGGAAACAUCUACCAUCCGACAGACAGCAUGAACCUUACUCCAACCCGCGAUGUCAGCCCAGACGGCUACAGAUCAUACGAGCCGUCCAGCGCUUCAUCCGCGCCCUCAUCCCAGGCCUCUGUCUUUUCGGAUACCCUCUCCGCGCACAGUUCGAUCGCAUCAUCAGUCUCGGAUGACUUUCGAAGCAUUCAUGAAGAUCCACAAGAGCGAGACAGGAUACUUGCACAGACACAGCUUCGAUUUGGUGGGCAGCUAGACGCAGUGCAGGAGUACCCAGCAUCGCGCAAGCUGCCAAAUCCAAACACAACAUGUCCAACCUAUGCAGACAUCACAUCUGUGCCUGCACCGCAGCGACAGAAUCCUCGACGAUGUUCAUUGUCAAAGGGACAGAAACCUCCACCACUUGUACGGCAACGCGAUCGCAAGAUCAACUUCGUCGACAACCUCGUCGACUCUGCCACUCAAAUGGUUGAAGUCAUCUGGCCUUUAUCGAGUGUCCUUUGCAAGAGCGAAAGCGGUGAAAGAGCUGUGCUCCCACUGCGCACAUACAUUGAAGAGACUCUGCGCAGGUCACGCACGAGCUAUUCGACUCUGCAAGUCGCUCUCUAUUAUCUGAUCCUGAUCAGACCUUACGUGCCCAAAGCCGAUUUCACCAUGGAGCUGUUCGCAGACUGCCCAGCUGAUCGCGCUUUGAUGUGCGGUCGACGCAUGUUCCUCGCGGCACUCAUCCUCGCCUCAAAGUAUUUGCAAGAUCGCAACUACUCUGCGAAAGCCUGGAGUAAAAUGUCAGGCCUCAAAGUGUGCGAGAUCAAUGCGCACGAGCGCUGCUUCUUGAGCAAGGUCGGAUGGAAAUUGCAUCUGCCCAAGCCUCUCUUCGAGAAGUGGCAAGACAUUGUCCUGCGAUACACACCAAACCCCUCAUCACCGUCUGCGGGCGUCGGAACUUCGACGUGGCAGCGAAUGGUGCCUCUACUCACGCCGGAGCUGGACAACAUGCCGUCCAUCGAAAGUGCUUUGAUGGGCUGCCCGAUCCAGCUUCCUUCUCGUGAGAGCUUAUCCUCCACCCCGACUCCCACCAUCGGAUCCUUCAACAACGCUCGGCUGGAAAGCAGUGAAUCUCCCGAGCAUACACCAACUCCAAGAACAGCACUCCCACCACCUCGCUUCUUGGAACCCAAACCAGACCUCGCACCAAGAAUGGGUCUUCUUCCAACUCCAAACUUGACGCCAGCAUCGACUGCUUCCAACACUCCUGCUGCGAGUGGAUACGAAAGGUCAAUGUGCUCGGUCAUGAGGAUGGAAAUGGCCAACUUCGAAACCCGCCAUCCGCUUUGCCCGAGAGCUCCCGCCCUGAUCCGACGACCGUCGAUCGUGUCUGCCAGUUCAUACAACUCCAGCCCGGAGUCAAUGAUGUCCGACCACUCGCGGUCUUCUCGAUCAUCCUCCAUCUCUUCCAUCUCCACCGUCUCGACGACUUCGUCCAUGGCGCCGAAUCGAGCUUGCUUGGCUCGACAGGCGACUUGCCGCAACGCCGGACUUCCACCACUCAGGCUGGUCAAGGAAGAGACUGAGGGCACUGUCUCUUGUCCCAUCGUCAUUGAUGAUACAGAGAUGGGCGAAUCUCCGGAGAUGAUCGACUUUUCUCAAAGCGAGAAAGUCCUCCACGCUCCUCAUCGCCACAGCAGAGCCGCCAGACACCCACCGCAGACCUCAUUGCCAGCCGUGGUGAAGAGCAACGGCAUUGGCAACAGCCGGAAGCGAGGUCGUCCCAGUGGACAUCGCCGCUCGGAACUUCAAGAAGAAGUGCGCUAUUUGCUUGAGGAGUCGCUGGAUGAGGACAUGGACG